AUGAGUAACGACGAGAUUGAACAGCGCUGCAAUGUGCUACGACAGGAACUGAAGGUCUGGGAAAAGAAGUUUGCCGCCGAAAACAAUGGCCGAAAGGUGGGACGCGAUGAUAUCAAGGCCAAUGCCGAGAUCUCACAAAUGUACAAGGAGUACAACAAACUACGAGUACGAUUAUCCAGCAAAGCCGCGCCGCAGACCCCCUCAAAGCGCGCCCCCAGCCGAAAAGCGAGCCUCGACGUCGAACGUACUCCUAAAGUCGCGCCCAAACCCAAUGUUUCCACGCCGAUGAAAAGGAAAAGAGAGGAUGAAGACACACUAGAAAACGUAGAUUACGCAUCCGAGCUGCUCUCCCCGCAAGGACCUACCGUCAUAGGACCCACGCCUCAGCGCGAUGGCAUAGUGCUAGGUCUCUUCGACCAGCUCCCGUUCGCGCAAGGAACCCCGAGCAAACAGAGGACUGUACUAGGAGAUGUAGGAUUGAAUGUACCACAAACACCGAGUAGAAGACUACAAGAUGCAGCAAGCGAGACGUCGCUAGAGUCAAGAGCACGAGGGGAGCGGACACCACUAUCGGCCGGGAAGCGAUUCCUCCUGAAUCAAUUUGUCACACCGAAAAAGAGGAGGUUAGACGAGCAGGGUACACCGUCAUCUACAACCAGAGGCCUAGCGACACCUGCGUUCCUGAAGAGAGACGAUGUCUUGAGCGCUAUCGACGAGGUGGAGGAGCCCAUAUCACGACCUGCGCCCUGGAUGCGUCGCGGCCUUGGGCGAAGUUUGAGUUCCAUGAUACAAGCUAUGAGGAAAGAUGAAGAGGACCAACUUGACGAGGAGGCGGACAUAAUGCGCGAGUUGGAAAUGGAGGAAGAAGGCAUCACUGUACCCAAGAAGUCUAGAGCGCCGAAGAUCUUGAUCGAAGACAGCCAGGCGGCAAUGCCCCUAGGUCCAGAUCGAGGUCUUGAGUCUGAUGAAGACAGCGAGGAAGAGCCAGAACUUGGCCGUGACGGCAAGCCACGGAAGGCUUGGAAGAAGAAGGGCUUGAAGAGACAGACACGGCGAGUGAUAAUGCGUCCAAACAUUGUAAAGCCCAAACCAAUACCAGCCGUAGAGACACACGACGAGUUAGACGUGGAGCAAGCAGGAGUUCCCGAAACUCAGAUACCAGCAGAUUUGGCAGACGAGUUUGGUUCAGACUUGGAUGGGGACUCUGACUACGCGAGUGACGCUUCACAUACCCCGAGGAGACGGCAAGUGCCAGCAAAGAAACCAGAGCAAGCAAAGGAGAAGCCGGUCAAGGAAGGCGUGCUAAAGACAGCGGCCCGAAAGAUCAAGGCUACGGCAAAUGCCAACUAUCGGAGACUCAACAUCAAGGGCAAGGCAGCGACUGGUGGAGGUGGAAAGGGAAACUGCAGGUAUGACGCGCCGUGGCGGUCGGUGAGCACGCUUCCCACGCUAAGGCCAGCACCUCCGACGCCGACGGUCCCCCGACGUAAACCACCGAAGCUUCCACUCGCCGCAACAAACACCCCAACCCAACCACGCCAUCAACCCGCUCAAUCCCCGCGCUCACCCUCCCCAUCAUCUACGACAACCACCAAAAGCGAGACACCGCACACCAUGGCUGAAAAGGAACUCUCCAGCGUGCUCCAGCAGCUCCACCAGACGCUCAAGUCGCACAACUACCAGCAAUCAACCUCAUUACUGAGCAAAGCCAAGAUCGCCCUCCUCAACCUCAACGCCCUGAUCCCACAAGAGAAAUCCCCACGGAAACAUCUGCAGCUCGCGCGUGAGACGCUCGAACUCGGCGCCAUCAUCUCCAUCCGGCUCAAAGACACCGAGUCCUUCACCCGCUACUUCCAGCAGCUGCAGCCCUUCUACUCUUUGCCCGAGUCCACACUACCCAAAGACGGCAGCCAAUCGAGCAAGGUCACGGGACUAUACCUGUUGCUGCUGCUGAGCGAGGGCGAUUACGCGGGGUUCCACACGCUGCUCGAGACGCUCGAGGUGGCGGCCGCCCAGGCGAGCGCAAAGCUGGAGGCUGAUCCCUUUAUUCAGUAUCCGAUUCGUCUAGAGCAGGCGCUUAUGGAGGGGAGCUACGAUAAGGUGUGGGUCGAGACGAAGAGCGAGAGGGUGCCUGGCGAGGAGUUUGCGCUGUUUACUGAGAUCCUCAUCGGAACCAUCCGCAAGGAAAUCGCUUCCUGCUCCGAGCGCGCAUACCCUUCCAUCCCCAUCUCGGACGCUAAAUCCCUCCUCUUCCUCGACUCGGAAGGCAGCGUUGUCAACUUUGCGAAGGAGAGCGGUUGGGUUGUCAAGGACGGCAGGAUAUACUUCCCCCAGCAGGAGGACGAGUAUCUGAACAGGGAUAUUCUGGUUACGAGCGAUCAGGUUAUUGAGAAUACGCUGGGGUAUGCGAGGGAGUUGGAGACUAUUGUUUAG